GGCCUCGGCCGGGGCGGCGGGCCGGGGGCUGAUGGGAAGCCUGCCCCGGAGCUGUGGGUGACCGGCCCGGCGCAGCCGCGGCCCCGGCUCGGCACCCAGCAGGGCCCGGCCCGAGGCGCGGUGCCGAACGGGCGCUGAGAAGCCGGUCGAGUAAAUAAACGCAUGAGUGAUGAUUGAGAGAUGCGGCUCCCAGUUUUCCAGCCCUGAAGUGUUUUCCGAUCAAGGCAAAGAGAAGAUUUGUGGAUGCUGACUAUGCAAGGAGCUGAAGAGAGAGAGCUUGGAAGAAAGAUUUGUCCAGGUUGGGUGAACAAACCUGCUUCAGAGCAGGAUGUCUCUGAAGUUGAUUCACCAGGGAUAGUAGCAAAUAUAUUGAAAGAAAAUAAAUACCAGGAUUCUACUUUUGGAGAAAAAUAUGCAUGUGAGAGCAUGAAGGAAAACCCUCCGGGAGAGGCUCCUGGGUCAUGCUUUUUCCAAGAAGGAGGUUUUGGGGGAAUAACUUUCAUCCACAAGGAAACACCUCCUGAAAUGAUUAACCAAGAGUAUAAUUUUGAAAGAAGCUUGCUUUUGACGUCAAGCCUUGUUACACAUCUCAGGGUUUCUACAGAAGAGAGCCUACAUCAAUGGGAGACAAGUAGCAUGCACACCAAUGAGAUUUCAGAUCAAAGUAAAUGUCCAACUCUCUCUACUCAAAAAAAGUCUUGGAAAUGUAAUGAAUGUGGAAAAACUUUUACUCAGAGCUCAUCCCUUACCCAACAUCAGAGAACUCAUACUGGAGAGAGACCCUAUGCAUGUGAGGAAUGUGGGAAAACCUUUAGUCGUAGCUCAUUCCUUGUUCAACAUGAAAGAAUUCACACUGGAGUGAAACCAUAUGGAUGUGACCAGUGUGGGAAAACAUUUCGAUGUCAAUCAUUUCUUACUCAGCAUCAGAGAAUUCACACUGGAGAGAAACCUUACAAAUGUAGUGAAUGUGGGCAUUCCUUCCACGAUCAUUCACAUCUCACUGAACAUCAGAGAAUUCACACUGGAGAGAAACCAUAUAAAUGUAAUAGAUGUGGGAAGGCAUUCAAUCAGAAUGUAUACCUCAUUCAUCACCAGAGAAUUCACACUGGUGAGAAACCUUAUUUAUGCAAUGAAUGUGGCUCCUCUUUUCACAAACACUCAAAUCUUAGACAACAUCAGAGAAUUCACACUGGGGAAAAAACCCAUAAAUGCGAUGAAUGUGGGAAAACUUUCCAAACAAAGGCAAACCUCUCUCAGCAUCAGAGAAUUCAUACUGGGGAGAAACCCUAUAAAUGUAAGGAAUGUGGCAAAGCCUUUUGUCAGAGCCCAUCCCUUAUUAAACACCAGCGAAUCCAUACUGGAGAAAAACCCUAUAUGUGUAAGGAAUGUGGCAAAGCUUUUUCUCAGAGCACUCCACUCACUAAGCAUCAGAGAAUUCAUACAGGAGAGAGACCCUACAAAUGCAGUGAGUGUGGUAAAGCCUUCAUUCAGAGCAUUUGCCUUAUUCGGCAUCAAAGAAGUCACACUGGAGAAAAACCUUAUAAAUGCAAUGAAUGUGGAAAGGGCUUUAAUCAGAAUUCCUGCCUCACUCAGCAUAUGAGAAUUCAUACUGGAGAGAAGCCCUACAAAUGUAAAGAAUGUGGGAAAGCCUUUGCUCAUAGCUCAUCUCUUACUGAACAUCAUAGAACUCACACUGGUGAGAAGCUCUACAAAUGUAGUGAGUGCAAAAAAACCUUCCGCAAGUACGCACACCUUAGUGAACAUUACAGGAUUCACACUGGUGAGAAGCCUUAUGAAUGUGUUGAAUGUGGAAAAUUCUUCAGACAUAGUUCAGUUCUUUUCAGACAUCAGAAACUUCACAGUGGUGAAUGAAUCCAGCAUGCAGGCUUUUCUGGGAACACUGAUCAGGAGUCUGGCUGGCAGAGGGGGCGGGUAGAAUUCCUGGGGAAGGAGAAGGGGGUUUGGCUGUUCUGUCCAGAGGGAGUUUUGACUGUUCUAUUCUGGAAAUGGAGGUGGAAAUUUGAAGAACACAGAGCCUGCUCCAGUGGUCACUUGGAAAUACAGGGUAGGAAGGAAGUUCUUGGUUUUCAGAUAGAUCCUUGCUGUUCACCAGACCUCCCUCCUCUGUGAUUCUUUUACCUUGAGGUGCCAUUUGUUAAGUUCUCACUUGUUUGUCCCUUACUAUGCCCUUGCCCCACCUUCCCAACUUGUCACGUGCAUUCAUUGGCCAGUAGGCUGAGGAGCUUUUCCAAACAUUGUCAUAGUGAAAGUGGCAGCGGUUCUAGGGUAGGGCUGAGUAGUCUCCAGAUGUCUGAGGCCACUCUGACCAUGCUGUUGCAGGGGAGGCUGCUCAUCUGUGGAAGUGGCCUCCUAAAGGGGAGAUGGAAACAAGAGAAAACAAAUCAUCCUUAUUCAUUUAUUUAACAAGGGGAUAUGUGACAAUAACUGGGCUGAUCUUUGUGUUAGUGAAGAAGGCUUUUGUCAGCAUGAGAGAGCUUUUCUGAUCCUUUCAAGGAGGAUAAUGAUUUUGGGCUAAGACAGAAAUAGGCCAAGAGAAACUUCUCUUGAAUGAUGCCAGUUUGUGGGAAGAGAGUCACAUCUUGGAGGGCCAGGAAGAAGAAAGCCCAACCUCUUUCCCUAAGGAAUACUGGCAUACCCAGAAGGGAAAUAUAUGCUAAGCUGCUGGUGAUAAAGGGCCUCACAGCAGGAAGCCUGCAUGUGACUGAGCAAGCCACCUACAUAUCCCUGCCCUAGACUGAAGUGUACACAUGCUUCAUAAGUUUGGCUGGGCCACUGGUUUUCAGGCACCUGGGGAUAAAGACCCACCAGGAUUAACUGCCCAAACAACUGUUAAUUGAUGUUUAAGGGAGGAAAAAAACAUUAAUGAUGAAGGAAGGCAGGAGUUGUCGGGAGUUGGGGGCUGCUGGGCCAGUCCUUAAGAGGGCGUUGGUCUUUAUAGCAGGAGGGACAUGUUCCAUCAGAGUACGUCAUUGGUGGCUAUUCCCACAGAUUGAUUAGAUGUGAGAUUUUUCUUUUUUGGGGGGGAUUACCUUACUCUUUGUUAUUUACCUUUCCCUGCAAGUUAAGAGUAUCAAGGGAAAUAUUUUUGUGGUAUGAAUUUGGAGAGUGCUAGAGAGAACUACCUCUUUUGCAAGUCUUGAAAAUGAGGAUAGCCUAGUUUGCCAUUGACUGUGAUGAUUUUUUAUUUUUUGAGAGAAAGGGCAUUUCCCCACUCUCUUUUACAUUAUUAGUUGCUGCCCAGAGAUUGAGUUCUGAAAGAUUAAGUGAGGAUAGCCUUUGACUAAUAUUUGAAAUAGUUUCUAUGCUAUGAAGCUUAGGCAGUUUUUUUAAAAAAUGACUAUUAAAAACACCUAAAGUCAGUUUAUUCUGGAAUGGUUGGUUAUUUGGAACUAAGUAUUUUUUCCCAGAGCAACUGUCUUGUAAGCAGUGGUUUUAGCUAUUAAUUACUAUUAAUGGGAUGUGGCAGAAAUAUCACACUUUUCUGUAUCCAGCUGUGAAUGUUAUGUUCUCAAAAUGUGCCACAGGGCAAUUCAUAAUUGAGUAAGUUAAUACCUUAUGGGAAAAAAUAACCAUGCAAAAAUUUUAUAUUUUAUGCUGAUGAAAAAAACAAUAUAUACUACUGAAAAAUAUCAAUCUAUUUAUGCUUUCUAAAUGAAAAAAAAACACCGAAAUUCAUUACCAGCACAUAGUAAGUGUUCAUAAAUAUUUAUAUGUUGAAUUAAUAUAUUUCAAUCAACCCUUAUCCACCAAAACCUUUAGGAAUUUAGUAAUCUAUAGGUAUUUAGAGUAAUAUCUAUACACUACUAUCUUUGGAAUCUUUAGUGAAGAAAAAAAUGGGAAAACCUUAAGAGUAAAAGAUUUCUCUGUAGUGCUUGUUAGAUUAUCUAAAGAAUGAACACAACUCUUGAGUCUGUAAUCUUCAAACUGAGAGAGUCUCAUACUGUCUUCACUUCCUGAUGAAAGAAACGGGAAGGAAAGGAGCCCGUCAUCCUUCUACUACCCUCGUCCCAUAUACUCACACUCGCGAAUGUUCCCUCUGGGCUUCCUCUCAGAUUUCCUCGCCAUCUACCUAGUCACUCCAGGUUGGCCCCAAACCUCAGAACUGCCUUCUUCCUCACUCUUCCCUCUUGCUAAGUCUUCAUAGCCAAUGGACCACUAUAUCCUAUUGACAUAGUCUAAGUCUAGAAGCCAUCUCCACUGCCCUCACUUUAGUCCAGCUUCCCAGUUUAUUUCUAGACUAUUUUCCUAUUCAGUAUUCCAGUUUCUUGCUCCUCUAGGCCAUCUCACAUUUCUUGUGAGUAGUCUUUGCAAGAUGUAAUGUUGGCAGCUUUACCUCAGAAUAAAGCCCUAAUUUCUUAAAAGAGGCAUCUGAGACCCUUCGUCUUGUCCAUGCCUACAUCACCAUUCUCAGCUGCCACUCCGUGCCUUGCACAUUCUGUUCCAUAGCACAAAUUGCUGUGUUUCUCCAUCAUCACUGGACUCUACUUUGGUACCUAUUGCUUCAGUUCCCUUUCCUGCUACAGCUUGCCUAGAAAGCUCCUAUUUGUCACUUAUGAGUGUGCUCAGGCAACAUCUUAAAGCUGUCUCUAACCUUUUAAAUGUCUCUGACACUUAAAAUAAUUUAUUUUGUACCUUCAUCAUUUUAUUUAUCAUGUUACAUUGUAAUGGCUUAUUUACAAAUCUUUCUCCUCCACUUAACAGCUCCGUCAGA